ACGCUGCAAUCGGAACAGGUCCCGUGAAAUCCGUGCGAUUUUGAAUGUGAAUUUCGUUCCCGGACCAUGACCUCGCAGGUGGUGGAAAGUGUGCGAACCUUCGCGGAUCUACGGCUGGCGCAGGACGUUGGGGGGAUUCCGCUGCAGAAAAUUACGCGACUGUCGCUGAACAGCUUGCGCCGACAGGAAACGGAUCUGGAGGUUUACGAGUUUCUGUUCAACCGGGCCGUGCAGCAUUUUGAGCUGUUCGAGUUUGAGAGUGAGGUGUGCGACGUGGUGCUGCCGGAGCUGGUCAAGCAUUUGUGCAAGCUCGAGUCCGAAUUGAAAGAUCAAGCCCUAUCAUGCUUUCUGGACGACAAUCUCAAGUCGCUGCUGGGGUUGGCCAACAUAAUGUUGAAAUUUCUGGAGCACGUCGCAAGUCAGGCGCAGGUGUAUCAGGUGUACGGCACGGUGCUCGUGUUUAUGGACUUUCUCGUGCGUGCCUUUGCCGUCGUUGCCCAGAAGAAACCGGGCAUUGAGGCGGACACUCCAGAGCGAACUAGUAUCGAUCAGUUGGCGGCCGCGUGUCGUUCGCUGCAGAUUAAGAUGGUCAGCAUGGUGGCGGCGUUCAACGGAACCGGCUACUACUUUCAACAUCUGGACGUUGAGCAGGAGUUUGACUGCUUGAAGAACGUUAUCAUCUGUUUCGGCAAAAUAGGCUGCACGACAAUCCAAAUAGAUUUGAUCGACGCCAAGCACGCCUGGCAGGCCAUCCUGGUUCUCUCGACGAAACAUUUGAAAUAUAUUGCGCAGAACGAUACCUGCUGGCUACACGAGCUCAUACUCAGCAUGAACGACGAGAUUGACAAACUUUUGAAGUCGCUCGUGGCGAACGCCAACGCCGGUCAAAUUGAACUGAAAACACUCAAAUUUCUCAACUUGAUGCUUCAGCUGAUGCUGCGACUGUUGCGUUCGAUAAAGCUGGAAGAACUAGACUGCUUCGGGCAGCUUUUGGACACUAUCGUAAGCAUCUCGAAAGCUCUGCUUGCACAAUCGUUGGAAAAGGAAGCGGUCGAAGCGAUUCGAAGCAACUUGAAGGUCGGUUACAUGAGUCUCAUCGGGAUGAGUUUCCGAACUUCUAGUUUCGCCAAGGCCCUCGCUGCUUGCCGUUACGAGUCGUGGGAAGAACUUGCCGCUUAUUUCGAAAUCGUAAUCGAGGUUAUUUCGAAGCUACUCGCAGAAGACUCCAACAGCCCAGCCAUCGAUCUGUACAUGUCCAAAACCAACCUCCUUUCAGCCUGCAUCGAACACCUCCCAAAGGCUCACGUGCUCUUCAACAAGCAAGAAUCUCUGUACCAGAAACUAAUCACCCACCUCGCCGGCUUCGUCCUGCAGUGCGCCCGAAAACCACCCAAAACCCGUCAAAAGCUGCUCGAAGAAACGCUCGUUCGGAUGAUCCUCCAGGAUUCGUUCUGGGUUGGCGUUGCCGGACUGGACAUCUGGAACACCUUCCUCCGGCUCACCGAGCCCGACUUUCACUGGCAGUACUUCCGCUUCUGGAAGACCAUCAACGACCAGUUCCCGGUGUUUUCCACCCAACCGAGGGUUGUUUUCGUGCGGCGGUUGCUGCGCAACAUGUUCGUCUUUAUGCCACCGCGGAUGCAGCGAAGAGCUCGCGAUGAAUAUCCCGGACCGGCGAACUGCAAACUUUGGAUCGCAGUUGAGUUGAAGAACGCUGGCGAGGAUAUGUUCCGACCUGCAAAGAUUGAGGAGUUUAGGGUGAAAGUUCGGAACGGAGUCACUACCGCUGCAGCGUACGAUCUGAUGCACACGUUGACGUUGGCUUGCACGACUAGCGAUAGGAGGGUCCUGGAAACGACAGCCAGAAAUGUUGGUGCGCUGCUCAAGUCGGUUUCGGUGAAGAACCUGAAUGAUCCAAACCUUACGACUCUAAUCUGCGUUUUUCUACGUUUGGCGACACAUUUGAAGCGACAUGGUUGCUGUCUCCAAGAAUUCGACAAGGUCGUGAGAACUACAAUUUUGAGCAACUGCAAAUCACUUGAAUUGGCCGCAAAGCUAGACGCUCUCCACUUAAUUGACAAGCAACCCAAAACCAGCGACGACCACCAACUUCUUACAAACCUAUCCAACGAUUCAAACCCAAUAAUCAAAUCCAUCGCGACACUUAAAUCUCAACAACCCCGAAAACCUUCCCAAACCAACGAAGCAUUCAUCGUUUCACGCCUGACCCACCAGCAAGCACAACCCACCCACGAACAUUUCUGCAACGCGUCACCCGAACCAACCCUCAACCUAACGCAGCACAUCAGCGACGUAAUUGACGACAUGUUUCCCGAUGAGGAAGAACUGGUCCUGUCGGUGCAUCGAUUAGAUGGCGGUGAUCCCGCGGCGAAGCGGAUCAAACUGGACGAAGAAGGCGAUCGGCAGGUGGUGGCGGAUGCGAUUGCGGAAAUUCGACGGCAGGUCGAGGUUUUGGAAAGGAUGGAGCGACUGAUUUCGCCGGGACAGCGAAGGGACGUGGGGGUGAUCGGGGAGAGUUUGAGGAGGAUUGCGGGACAGGAUCGGUGAUGUGGCAAGAUUGUAACUUUUUAUUUUUU